CGACAAACCUUUUCUACUAAAAACAUUCUCCUGAGAGAACGGGGUCGAGCAAGAAGUAGCUUCUCGAAAUGAUCUUGAAUUUUUUCUUGUCAUUAAGUAUAAUUUCCUCUUUUACAUUCGCAGUGUGUCCAGACGGAUGGACGAAAUACGACCAGUCAUGCUAUACACUGUACCAGGGUUUUACGUCGUGGUUGCACGCCGGGAGUUUCUGUCGUGAAUUCGGUGGUCAUCUUGCAACGUUAAACACAACUAGCAAAGCGUCUAAUGUCCAAGCCUUCCUAACGUAUGUUAACCAUAACGCCACGGUGUGGGUCGGUGCUAGCGACCUCAGGUCAGAGGGCUUGUGGGUGUGGGACGUUGACCAGGCCAGUUUCACCAACACAAACUGGGCACCCGGCGAACCAAACCAAGGAGUGGGCGGUGUCACUACUGAUCAAGACUGCCUUGCACUCGUGGCCCGCGACAACUAUAAGUGGCAUGAUAUUCCAUGCCAAAGAAAAUAUGACUACUUGUGCGAGAGGAGAUCUACAGCGACACUCUGAUCAAAACGACUAUAAACUGAACUGUAAAAUUUUACUAA